GUGCGUGUAUGUGUGUGUGUUGAGAGAGAGAGAAACUCAAGUGACUCCGUAUAGUAAUAAUAAGGCGGCGUUGUUUAUCCAAAGAGAAGGGGUUGGACGUGGUCUGAAUUCUGAGCCAAACUUUUCUUUACUUCCAUUUCCUCUCCUUCACCGAACUUCCAGCAGCCCCGCUGCACCGCGGACCGAUCGACCGACCAAGGUCAGGAGCAGUGACCGCCCCCGGGAGCUGUCAAAGCCGCACCGAAACUCCGCGAGCCCGGGCCGUUUGUGUACUUUUUAAAUUUUAUUUUAAAACAUGGGAAUGUGAAGCUGAACGCUGCGGUGGAUACAGUAACGCUUCUGGAACUGAACAGAAAGUGAGCUAGUCGAAAAGUUUAGUUGAACCGCUUGACACCAUGUUGGGCAACCCGGGAAUCUACGCCAACAAGAAGAGGAAGAAGCCCGUCCUCAAGCAGAAGAAGAUCCCUGACACCAGUGAAGUGGUCAAAUCGAACCCUUCGAAGCGGCAUCGGGAUCGGCUGAACGGGGAGCUGGACAGGCUGAUGGACCUCCUACCCUUCCCCGAGGACAUUCGCUCCCGUCUGGACAAGCUGUCGGUCCUCCGCCUCAGCGUGGGAUACCUGAGGGUGAAGAGCUACUUUAAAGCGACCAUGAAGAACGGCAGCAGCAGCCGACUGUCUCUGGGGAUGACCGGACAGAACGGGAACAGCAUGGACACAACCGGCUUCUCCGAAGGAGAUUUGCUGCUGCAGGCCCUGAGCGGUUUUGUGAUGGUGGUCACAUCGGAGGGGCUGGUGUUUUACGCCUCGCCGACAGUCAAAGACUACCUGGGCUUCCAUCAGUCGGACGUGGUCCACCAGAGCGUGUUCGACCUGAUCCACACCGACGACCGCGCCUUGUUCAGAGAGCAGCUCCACUUCGCUCUGAACCCUCCGUCUGACGGAGAAUUCCCGAACACCUGUGAUGAGACACUGAUGUGCAAUCCCGAGCAGCUUCCCCCUGAAAACUCCUCCUUCCUGGAGAGAAACUUCGUGUGCCGCUUCCGCUGUCUCCUGGAUAACUCCUCCGGCUUCCUGGCUCUGAAGUUCGAGGGUCGUCUCAAGUACCUUCACGGCCAAAAUGUCUCCCGGGACAACGGGAACCAACCCCAGCUGGCACUCUUCGCCCUCGCUGUACCCGUCCAGCCUCCGUCCAUCGUGGAGAUCAGAGCCAAGAUGCUUCUCUUUCAAACGAAGCACAAGCUGGACUUCACACCGAUGGGCGUUGACAGCAGAGGGAAGAUCAUCCUGGGUUAUUCAGAGAUUGAACUGUGUAUGAAAGGCUCUGGGUACCAGUUCAUCCACGCCGCCGACAUGAUGUACGUCGCUGACAACCACAUCCGCAUGAUUAAAACAGGGGAAAGUGGUCUGACUGUUUUCAGACUCCUCAGUAAGUCCGGCAGCUGGAUCUGGGUCAAGUCUAACGCUAAGCUCAUCUACAAAGGAGGACGACCGGAGUUCAUCAUCGCGUACCAGAGAGCCUUAACGAAUGCCGAGGGGGAGGAAUAUCAACGGCAGCGUGGUCUGCAGCUACCCUUCAUCUGCAGCUCUGGAGAAGGCAUCCUCUACGACUCGGGCCCCAUCGUGGACAUCACUCAGUUCCAGUUCAACCAAAUGUUCAACAACAAAGACACAAAGAAGGACACGGCCCCCACCUCUCUGGUGGACUGCUUCCUGGCUCAGGAUCAGACCGUCUACAUGCAGACGGUGGACUCCCCCAUAGCCGUGGACCAGGUGUUCAUGGACAGCCGCGCCCUGAUCAGUUUCGCUGGAGAUUCGUGGCAGGAAGAUGAAGCGGCGGCCACGGCAGGUGAGCCGGUGAUGAUGAAAGAGGAGACGAAGAAGUCCAUGAGCGUUGUGAUCAACAGCCUGGAGAAGCUGACCCAAAACGGAGACUUCGAGGCUGUGCUGGAUCAUCUGGAAGUGGACGACUUGGUGCUGACAGAGUGGGAAAACGCCAUCAAGAGAUUCAACAACGGAGAGGAUCAUCAGAGGAGCGCCGACCUGGACAGCAUCGACCCAAACGACAUAUUCGACUACAUUGACUCUGUCUUUAAGGAGAAAGGAGAGGAUUGUUUGAACGUGGCCCCCAGCUGCCUUGGAGUCAACAACCUUCCCCCCAACCUGUGUGAGCCGCAGCUGUUGCAGGAUGUCAACCCUGGCCCCUACGCUCAACAGCAGGUGCCACCGAACGGAGCGGCCAUUCAGGGCGUGGAGCCGGCUCAGAUGGCCAGCAGGAACCAGAAACUGUUCCACCAGGGUCCGGCUGACCAGGGAGGCCUGCCACCACUGCAGCAGCUGCAGCUGCAGGACAUUUUCAGCCCGUCUAUCGAGCUGCCGGAGCUCUCCGUGCCGAACAUUUCCGACACCUUUGCCGCUGUCCAGUCCUGCCAGCAGAACAGUUACGGCCACGUCCAGCAGCUGAACCACCUUCUACAGCCGUCUGAACUGGCUGGAAGUGGUCAGCUGCUGCAGAGUUCGGCUCAAACACCCCACGCCACCGCGGCGCCAGCCGUUCCAAACAUUUUGCCGCCCCUGAUUCCCUCCAGUGACUUCACUUCCUCAAGCACCAACACAAUUCCCGCCAGAUUUCAGGACAAUCUCCCCUUCGAGACGCACAACGGGCCGAUGCAGCAGUGGCCGCACGCUAGGGUCCUGCAGAACGGACCUGAGGUGGUUCCCGCCUUCCAAGGUCAGACCCAGAACAGAGCCUUUCCGUGUGGCGAGUUCUGGCAGAGGAAUGUCACCAGGCUGAACCACACAGAGCAGGGGGGGCUGGCGGGUGGCCCAGCCGCCGCCCAGAGCAGCUGCAUGUUCCAACAGCACGCCGUCCCUCCUCACCCCGGGCCCUCAGGACUCUGCAGGGCUGAUGCGCCCCUGCAGCAGAGCCCACCGCAGGGUUCUGGAUACUUUGAGUGGAGCCACAGCGAGCUGGUGGUGGGAACGUCGGUCCGGGAGGGCACCAGCAUCAGUCCUCCGACUGCGACGCCCAGCAUGGCCUCCACAGAGCAUGCACACAACAUUCAGCACUACCUAGGCAGCAACGCACACACACAGAGCAAUGGUCCUGCUCUGGACAUGUCCAUGUACCUGAUGGAGUAGAGCCAAGCCUCGCCGCCUCGUCGCUGGACCGCAGGACAACACUGACCCACUAUAGUUGGCCUGUAUCAGUGCUUAUCCACGCCGCUUCCUCAUGUCUUAUUCUAACAUAUAUCCCUCUCUACCAUAUAUACGCUGUCUGCUCUGCCUCUCUACACAUUAACAAUGAAGUAUGAAUUCACCCCUGCGAUGCAGCGGCCCACCAGGAUGCAGCUGGAGCCGGCUGGACGGAGGUUCAGGUGAAUCCAAACAACCAAAGAUGUUUUUAUAAGGGAAACCAGAAUUCUUUCCAAACCUUUUUAACGCUGUCGCUCUAAAAACUCUGCGCUGUGCCUUCAGAUGAAUAUUAUACCAGAUGUUUUUUAAACUGCUCGAUGUAAGUGUAUAUUUAUCUUUUGUAAUGUGCUGUUCUGCUACGGCUCUUGAAACCUCAACACGUGCACGGUGCACGCCGUCAUCUGUGUGCAGUAAACAUGGGCCCGAAAGGAGAUUAUCCCCAGCUUUUAAUUCCCCCCCCAUGGUGAAACUGUGUGUGGAGAAACCGGACCCUGAAUGACCAAAGCUGCGUGCAGACCUGCAGGAAAAAGCCAGGAAACCCUCACAUGAGGUAAAAUGAUCAGGAAGGAAACGUGUGAGGAGGAGAGUCAGCCAGACCCACUUUCAGGUCCACUCCAAAGCAAACCUGCACAGAUGCCCCUGAAAAACUCCUCCGUUUAGAAAAAAUAUAAGGGAUGCAGUGGUCUGCUGUCAGACAGGAAGUGCCUUUAGCUGCAAUACCUCCAGCAGCCACUAGGUGGUGCCUCAGACAUCAUCAUGGUGUCAACGGGUGGAUUCCCUCCUCCUCCUAAUGUUGGUCCCUCUGGAAAUAAUCGGAACAGUAAAUAGAUAUGAGACGGUUGUCUCUAAGGUCUGAUAAGGUCUGACUGAAAAGUCUCUUUUCUCUGGAAGUUUCUGAGUCAGCAGCUGUUUGACCUCAGAGCUAAGCACUAGAGCGUCCCCAGUGAACUCCCAGAAUUCCUUGCAGCUGCAGGUUUCAACACUCAGGUUAUUGAAGCUGAAAGUAUUCCAGCAACAAACCAGAAAGAUUUAAGGCGAGACUCCAGGUGAACGAGGUAACAUUUGCACCUACCCAUCACCACGAACGUCUCCAGGUUUAUUCCUCACAUGACUCCUGUUAGUUUUGUAGUGCAACAUAAAUUAAAUGUUAUGUUUAGAUAUGCAUAUAUGGUGUUAUAUAGUAAACCAAUGUGCUAAUUUGCAUCUUCUUUCUGCAUUUUGUUGACAUGUUAAAGUCAGAAAAACCUCAAUUUGACCAUGUUUUGGAAGUAGAGGUGCUAUAAAUCAGGCCGUGAAUGAGGGAUAAUAAAAAGUGAGGUAUAAACAGAAGAAAGCUCAUUUCCGUCCAGAGUCCCAAAGCAAGCAAGAACAUAAAAUAAGGAAAACACCAUACAAGAAUAUUCAACAGUAAACAUGCUAACACAGAAAAAUCAAGAAUUAAACAUUUUUAACCAGUUUUUUAAAUGAGCUUUGGAAAUAAGAUUUAAAUGAGGCGCCAAAUAGAGAAGCUUGUACACAGCGUUGUCACUACCUUCAUACGGUCGCUGCGCAUGGCCGCCAUUUUGUGGGUCACACAAAGAGUUGUUGUCACAGUGGAGUCAUUCAUCCGCCGUUUCCAAGGGAACGUGAAAACAAAGAACAGGGACAGUGUGGAUGUGGUACCUGAGGAAGAUAUGACACAGAACCUGGCAGCGACCCGAGUGGUCAGGAGGCGGAAACCUCAUCUUUAAUCACUCUGUGACCAGCAGACGAUGCUAGAUGCUAGCGGAGCUAAAGCCUACAAAUCUUACGGUAGAUCUAGGCUGUCUCAUCAUGCAACACAACUGGAUGAAAGUGGGAUAGACUUCUACUUAUUAACAAAAAAUAUAACGAGAGAAAUAAAUCAAUGCGCCGCAUUUGAGAUGUCUGUUCAUCUUUGAAAGAUGAUGCUGUAUUUAAGGUAUGAUUCUAAACUGAAACGUGGUGGUUAGAGGUCGAUGUAGAUUUGCCCGUUCAGUCAUGUUUAAUGCAUAAUUCUACAUAAAAUUGGUGUAAUCGUACCUGUAAUGAGAUGAUCUUUGCGGCUGACAUUCAUCUCUCCGUUCGCUGUCGGUCAGUCGUACAGCUGGAAUAGACGUGAGUUUCUGCUGCACGUGGUCGUCGACUUCAGCAUUCACCAUGCUAGGCUACCGUUCUCUUUGACCGCUCGACCCACAAAAUGGCGACGUGCUCUGCGAUGACGUCAUGCGAAAAUACUCUAAAUAACACUAGCUCAUUUCACCCAAAUUCACCACAAAGAAGUGCUUAGGCUUUGAACAGCCUUUGGUGUGGAUGCUAAUGCUCUGUAGCAUGUUAGCAUGGCUGCAAAGAUCUUCUGUACUGCGCUCCUCUCAUGCUCUCUGAUGAAGACCUUAAUGCUCGAUAUCUGUUCAACCAGAACUCCAGGAUGGGAGGCUGAGCAGCUUCUUCACUUUUUCUAAGCUUCCAACCUCAAUAACAAAGCAACACUUUAUAUAAUUUACAUCUGAACUUUGGCUCAGACAAAAAAAUCCACUUCAAAAAAAUGAAAAGUUGACAUCAUGAUGACUUCUGUCCACAAUUAACUUCCCCUCCAUCAGUGUGUCGCCAUAGCAACCAACAGUUAGAGAAACUGCUGCCUGCUUUAGGCGCAGCAUCAGACACAUGUUCAGCCUCCACACCAGGGGCGGAGACCCCUGGUGGUCCCAAUCCAGAUCAAAUGGAUUCAGAACCAUCUGAAUCCUGCAGGACGGCGGCCAUCGAGGACCAGGGUCCCCGUCCCUGCUCCACACGAGGGAAAGUCUGGAGUUCAGGAUGGAAGCGUGGCGAGCAGAGUUUCUCCUUCCCGUGUUUUUCUUUUAGUCUGGCCCCCACACUACAGAAGCGACGUGGACGGUUUGAUGAGGCCGAGCAGGAUCGGCUGUAACAUGGCAGCUUUGCUGGAGUCCUGCCGCUCUGCAGGACGUCUCUCAGUAUUUGAACUUUCCUCACAACUUCACCCUCCUGAGUUAUACGCUCGGCUGUCGGAGGCGUCGUCCUGCGGCGUGAAGCGGACGGCGUGUCGGGACGAUGGACUGUGAAGCAGACGUGUGAUGACUGUAGCCACUAUUAUUAUACAACCUGGAGCCAAAUGUUUGAUUGACAGGCGCAUCGAUGAGCCUGACAAAUGCCAUAUUUCUCUCCUUUGUUAAGAAAAAGGAAAAAAAUGUAAUUCACUUUUAUUUAGCCAAGUACUUAAACUAUGUACUAUAAUAUAUGUUAAACCAAUAACCAGCCUUUGUGUACUAUAAAUGCUUUUUCAUAAACGUGUGCAAUCAGUAAA